ACGCCGCGGCCUCCCUCACCCGCGGGCCCCGCAGACGCCGCAGCAGCGCGUCCUCGUCGUCCUCGACGUCGCCGAAGAUCAGCUCCUCCAGGCACCGCUCCACGGCCGGCUUGUCCUCCUCCAACGUCUGGCGGUUCCGCUGCCGGAGCCGUCUCUCCUCCUCCGCCGCGACUACGGCGGCCGCCGCGCGCGGCCGGGCCGGCGAUUUCCGCUGAGAUGAAGGAGCAGCCUUUCGGAACGGCCCGCCCGGCCCCGCUCCGGCUCUAUCGUCCGGCCUCAUUCGGGUUUUCCGGUCUGGUCUCGCUCCGGCUCUCCGGUCCGGUCUCGCUCGGCUCCUCCGUUCCGGCGGCAUCGCUCGUUUUGAGAAGGAACGCAGGCGCUCACGUGGAUUCUCACUGCGCGUGCGCCGAGGCCCCUCGCUUUCCGCAGUGGCUGAGGCCGCAGGGGGCCGGAAGGAGGCUGCACCGCCCUGUGAGCACGUGACCAGCACUGUUUUCUCUCCCCCCCCCCCCGUGUAACGCCCAUCCCCUCACGAGCCCCUCCCCGUGUGGGAGUUCCUCCGAGAGAACCAAUCUUCCGGGUGGAGGGGGAAGCGGCGUGACUGGAGUGGAAAUUUUUUUCCAACACAACUUCGCAGCUGCAAUUGAUUGAAAGGAGCGCAAGAAAGCCAGGGUAUAAACUGAGAUGACAGGCUAAAACUGCUACUCUUCUUCCUAACUUUUUAACCACUCGACUUACACGAGCCCAAUCGCCUUUUCCACCCCUUCGUCUUGGUACGGCCCUUGGAGUACGGAGCCUGCAGAGGGUCCCACGCUGGAAGACAGAGCGGAGGAGUCGGAAGAGACAUUAGAGGUCACCCAAAGCAGCCGUCCCCUGUGCAGCCUCUCUGACAAGUGACUGAACAUUCUUCACGAUCCGAAAGGAAAAGAAGAGACUCUUUCGGGAUGUUUGACGGUUAUGAUAGCUGCAGUGAGGACACGAGUAGCAGCUCCAGCUCUGAGGAGAGUGAAGAGGAAGUUGCUCCUUUACCUUCUAAUCUGCCAAUUAUCAAAAACAAUGGCCAAGUGUACACAUACCCAGAUGGUAAAUCUGGCAUGGCUACCUGUGAAAUGUGUGGGAUGGUUGGUGUGCGAGAUGCUUUUUACUCUAAAACAAAGCGUUUCUGCAGUGUUUCAUGUUCAAGAAGUUACUCGUCAAACUCCAAGAAGGCAAGCAUUUUGGCCAGACUUCAGGUAACGGGUAAGCCUCCAACAAAGAAAGCAAAAGUUCUUCAGAAACAACCUUUAGUUGCUAAACUAGCUGCAUAUGCUCAGUAUCAAGCUACCUUGCAAAAUCAAGCAAAGACUAAAUCAGUAGCAGUCUCCAUGGAAGGUUUCAGCUGGGGUAACUACAUCAAUAGCAAUAGCUUUAUAGCAGCUCCAGUUACCUGCUUUAAACAUGCACCUAUGGGGACCUGCUGGGGUGAUAUCUCAGAAAAUGUGAGAGUAGAAGUUCCCAAUACAGACUGCAGCCUACCUACCAAAGUCUUCUGGAUUGCUGGGAUUGUAAAAUUAGCAGGCUACAAUGCCCUUUUAAGAUAUGAAGGAUUUGAAAAUGACUCUGGUCUGGACUUCUGGUGCAAUAUAUGUGGUUCUGAUAUCCAUCCAGUUGGUUGGUGUGCAGCCAGUGGAAAACCUCUUGUCCCUCCUAGAACUAUUCAGCAUAAGUAUACAAACUGGAAAGCUUUUCUAGUGAAACGACUUACUGGUGCCAAAACACUUCCUCCCGAUUUCUCACAAAAGGUUUCAGAGAGCAUGCAGUAUCCUUUCAAACCUUGCAUGAGAGUAGAAGUGGUUGACAAGAGGCAUUUGUGUCGAACACGAGUGGCAGUGGUGGAAAGUGUAAUUGGAGGAAGAUUAAGACUAGUGUAUGAAGAGAGUGAAGAUAGAACAGAUGACUUCUGGUGCCAUAUGCACAGCCCAUUAAUCCAUCAUAUCGGUUGGUCUCGAAGCAUAGGCCAUCGAUUCAAAAGAUCUGAUAUUACAAAGAAACAGGAUGGACAUUUUGAUACACCACCACAUUUAUUUGCUAAGGUAAAAGAAGUAGACCAGAGUGGGGAAUGGUUCAAAGAAGGAAUGAAAUUGGAAGCUAUAGACCCAUUAAAUCUUUCCACAAUAUGUGUUGCGACCAUUAGAAAGGUGCUGGCUGAUGGAUUCCUGAUGAUUGGGAUCGAUGGCUCAGAAGCAGCAGAUGGAUCUGACUGGUUCUGUUAUCAUGCAACCUCCCCUUCUAUUUUCCCUGUUGGUUUCUGUGAAAUUAACAUGAUUGAACUUACUCCACCCAGAGGUUACACAAAACUUCCUUUUAAAUGGUUUGACUACCUCAGGGAAACUGGCUCCAUUGCAGCACCAGUAAAACUAUUUAAUAAGGAUGUUCCAAAUCACGGAUUUCGUGUAGGAAUGAAAUUAGAAGCAGUAGAUCUCAUGGAGCCACGAUUAAUAUGUGUAGCCACAGUAACUCGAAUUAUUCAUCGUCUCUUGAGGAUACAUUUUGAUGGAUGGGAAGAAGAAUAUGAUCAGUGGGUAGACUGUGAGUCCCCUGACCUCUAUCCUGUAGGGUGGUGUCAAUUAACUGGAUAUCAACUACAGCCUCCAGCAUCACAGUCAUCAAGAGAAAGCCAAUCAGGUUCAUCAAAACAGAAGAAAAAGGCUAAGUCCCAGCAAUACAAAGGACAUAAGAAAAUGACUACAUUGCAGCUGAAGGAGGAGUUGAUGGAUGGAGAGGAUUAUAAUUUCCUCCAAGGAGCAUCUGAUCAGGAAAGCAAUGGCUCUGCCAACUUCUACAUCAAACAAGAGCCCUGAGGUUGCUCAGAAACUGAGGGUGGGAGGGAAAGAAUUUUACACAGGACUGAUUUAUAAUCAAUCCAGCUGUACAGCAGGGCUAUUCUACUGGGACAUUUUGCUAAACAUAGAAAAUUUCAGUUCCAGAUUUUUCAAGUGGGUAGGGAAACUAUUUUAGCUGUGGGGGGAAAUUUUUCAAUUUAUAAAGAUGGACAAUUUUUGUGUUGUAUUUGAAGCUUUUGAAAGAAUUUUGUAAUAUUUUCCAAGUUUGGAUUUAUGUGCAUUGUUAACAAGAACUGAAAUUCUAACUUUUUUGGUAAGAUUAAAGUUUAGGUAGCAGGAUUGAAGGAAAUGAUUUAAGAAGGAUAUAGUUGUAAAUGCAAAUGAACUGUCAUUACAAAUGAACCUUUUUGGUACCUGUUGGGAGAUUUUGGGAUUUUGGAAGUUAGGCCAGUCACAUCUCCAGCUUCCUCUGCUGCAGAAUAUGCAACUGAACAUCCCCCACAUCCCCGCCCCAUGGAGAGCGCAUCACCACAUAGAUCACAGAAGGGUAAUUAAUUCUGCUUGUUGGCAUUUAUUGCAGCCCAUUUUAAAUAUUUGUACAGAAAUGUUUUUCAUUCUGUGAAAAUUUCUUUGGAGUUCUGUAUGAAACUGGAAGAACUCUGGAUACUUUUAUAUGUUCUCUUUUAAUUAAAAAAUGAGUAAAAUUAUCCUAACACUAAAGUGUUAAACUGGAAUGGUUGACAAGAUAUACAAGAUCUCAGUCUACAUGUUGAGGGGUUGGGGAAAAUGCAAUAUUGUCCUAAGUUUAUUUUAUUUUCCUUACUAAAAAAUACCCCACAAAAGGGAUUCUCAUCAGUUCUCUGCCAUUUCUCUCCGUCUGUGAGAUAAUACUUGGUAUAACCACACCCCAAAACACAUGUUCUGUAUUACCAGGAGAAUCAAAUUAACAGUUGUUUAAAGCCAAGAUAAGUUUAGAUUUCAAAAUCAUUCCAGCUCUGCUUUUUACUAUCCUGGAUUUGUUAGAAAACUAAUU